AUGAGGGCGGGAAGCAUUUCAGCUUCGGCAAAGGCAUUGGUGUUGCUCUUGCUAAGUUUGGGACUCGUUCAAGCAAAAGAUGUACAGGCAAACGAACCAAUUUCAGCACCAGAAGUAACUACUCCUAAUCAGAACACUAUCCCACACAUCCCCUCUAAUUCAAACACAAAUGCCACCCACAAGAAUCAUUAUGGCUUCUUCAAUUUGGCAACUUCUGCCGUCGGUUCAUUAAUGGAAAAUGUAGAGCAUAUCAUUGACGAUAUCCUUCCAGUCGAUCUGGACGAAUCUUCUGUACUGAGUGGCGGCGGAUUUGGUGAUGAUGGGACCACUCUGGCUUGGGGCGGUAGCACGUUGGAGGUCGUUAAAACACAAGCAAGCUAUCUAACCAGAGCAGCUGCUUUCGGUCCUAGGAUCGUCGAUGAACAAGGUUUGCGAGGUACUUUACUACCCAUAAGUGACUUUUAUCGAAUCUCUCACAAAGACGGCCAAGAAGUUACUGAAGAGAAUAUCGAAAAACCAUUAGCCAUCAACAACUUCGGAUGUCCAUACAAGGGCGGACCAGGAUGGAGAGACGAUGACGAUGAAAAUGGAAGUUUGACUGAUCCCGAAAAGAUCAUUGUAGAAAAAGUGACAGCAAAGCCACCUUCUGAUUGGAUCGCAUUGGUGGAACGCGGUGGAAAUUGUUCUUUCGUGGCCAAAGUACGAGUCGCACAGGCCUUGGGCGCGGAAGCAGUGGUGGUCGGUGAUGCUCCUAGCGAGAACGGGGGACGUGAUGGACAGUCGGGUAACGAUCCUGGAUUGUCAGGUCAAUUGGUAACAAUGUAUGCUCCGGGUGAUACGAGUGAUGUCAUGAUCCCGAGCACAUUUGUUACAAGACCAAGUUAUGUUGAUUUGAUGAGGCUGAUUGAUGAACAAGAUCAAGAAGAUCAAAAGGCUUGUUCUGCUCUCAAAAAGGAAGGUAAAGAGUGUGCCACUCACAAGACCGGACUAAAGGUGAUCCUUUGGCGUGAUGACAUAAUGUGGGAAUGGCCUUUGAUCGAUUUAGCCUUUGUGCUAUUGAUGCUACCUUCACUGAUGACCUUGGUUACAAUCAUCAUUCAUCGCUUCCGUAUGAUCAGACAGAGAAGAAGGGAAAGGGCCCCUGAAAUUGCCGUUCUCAAUUUGCCUUGUCUGAUUUGGCGUGGAAAUGGACAACCAUGGGAAAAGGUUGAAGAUGCACAAAUGGUGGGCGAUCAAUCGGGUACAAAGGAUUCAAAUGUAAGUCAAAAUAUCCUCUCACGCACUUCAGCACAAUUAACAGCAUUCUGGAAUCGCAUACGAGGAGGACAAACGAGACAGGACAUGGAAUUGGGCGGAAACAAUGGUGAAGGAUCGCCAUCUCCCUCUGCAGAUGAAGCGGGUCCAUCUACUUUGCCAGCGACUUCCUCUGCCAAUGGAACGAUGAAACCUUUAAAGACUGUUCCAGUCGCACCACCUGCACCACCACCGGAUCGAACAUACUACAGUUGCGAUGAAUGUGCAAUUUGUCUUUCGGAUUUCGUUGAUGGUGAUUUGGUUAGGGUGUUACCGUGUGGACACGUUUUCCAUUUGCCAGAGAUUGAUUCAUGGUUAACGAGGGUGAAGAAGUUUUGUCCGAUCUGUAAACGAGAUAUCACAGUUCUUCCCCCACCUGCCCCACCAAUUCCAGGAACAAAUACUGCUGCUGCUACUACAUCAUCACCACCGACGACAUCUAUGUUACCCAAUGAAGAGCAAGAGAAUGAGACUGAGUCUCUACUUGUUCCUAAUCGUCAGGUGUAA